AGUGAGAAUAUGGGAGCAGAGAACACAACACUGCUGACAGAAUUUGUUCUCACGGGACUCAGUCACCAGCCACAAUGGAAAAUCCCCCUGUUCCUGCUGUUCUUGUUCAUCUAUCUUAUCACCAUUGUGGGGAACCUUGGUCUGAUCAUUCUCAUCUGGAAUGACCCUCGCCUUCAAAUACCCAUGUACCUAUUUCUUGGGUGUUUAGCUCUUGUUGAUACUUGGUUAUCAUCCACAGUGACACCAAAGAUGCUCCUCACCUUCACAGCUAAGAGCAAACUGAUCUCUCUUUCUGAAUGCAUGAUACAGUUCUUUUCAUUUGUGAUGUGUGCAACCAUGGAAUGUUUUCUCUUGGCAGCAAUGGCCUAUGAUCGCUAUGCAGCCAUAUGCAAACCCUUACUGUACCCAGUGAUCAUGACAAAUAGACUGUGUGUUCGUCUGUUAGUCUUGACCUUUGUAACUGGAAUUCUUCAUGCUUCAAUUCAUGAAGGCAUGCUGUUCCGAUUAACCUUCUGUAAUUCCAAUGUAAUACAUCACUUUUACUGUGAUGUUAUGCCACUGUUAAAGAUUUCCUGUACCGACCCUUCUCUUAAUUACCUGAUUGUUUUUAUUUUCUCUGGCUCAAUUCAAGUUUUCACUAUCUCAACUAUUCUAGGCUCUUACACACUUGUUCUCUUUACAAUCUUAAAAAAGAAAUCUGCCAAAGGCAUAAAGAAAGCCUUCUCCACCUGUGGAGCUCAUCUCCUUUCUGUGUGCUUAUAUUAUGGUUCGCUUCUCUUCAUGUAUCUGCUUCCUGCAUCCCAAAAAGCACAGGAUGAAGACAUGAUGGACUCUGUAUUCUACACUGUCAUAAUCCCCGUGAUGAAUCCAAUCAUCUAUAGUUUGAGAAACAAGCAAAUCAAAGACUCACUGGAAAAAUUCUUAAAGAGAAAUGUUUAG